UUUCUUGUUUACCAGAUGCUUGCUUGCGCUUUGUGUCCAACAAAGUCCAUGCUAAGCCGAGCCUUGCCUUCAUCGUCAACCGCUCAAGACACCACUCAUGCUUUCGCUUAAACAGGUAGCCAAAAGCAGGCUCUUUCUCUUGCCACUUCGCCUUCUAAGUGCCCCCACUUUGGGUUCUUCUUCUUCCACUUCUUCACAUUUGUUCAAUCAGAUUUCUAGCUAUUCAACCGCCCCUGCAGUUGGAGAGCUGAGCGCCAAACACCUGGUUCCCUCAUUCAAAGAAUGGUUCAAGACCCAAAACAGUCACGUUUUGGAUCAAAUUUUCGGGAUAUUAAAUGCCCACCACUGUGACGACUUGCCUCUCGUUUUGCCGCCGAUUUCGCUCUCGCUCGGUUGAAUCUUCGCCUUUCCCAAGCGUUCGUUCUUGAAGUAUUGGCUUAUAGGAAUGGGGAAGAUGUGUUGUCUUGUCUUAAGUUUUUCGAUUGGGCUGGGCGCCAACCUGGGUUUCAUCACACUCGCGCCACGUUUCAUGCUAUUUUCAAGAUCCUUCAGAAGGCGGAACAGAGGUCUUUAAUGUUCGAUUUUCUUAACAAGUUUGUGAGUAAUAAAUACCUUUAUUAUGUGAAAUUUAAAAAUAUUUUGGUCACGGGGUAUGCCAUUGCUGGGAAACCUGAGUUUGCAUUGGAAUUGUUUGGUAAAAUUCGGAAUAAGGGUUUAGAUUUGGAUUUUUGGUCGUAUCAUGUGCUUCUGAAUGCUUUAGUUGAGCAGGGGCGUUUUGAUUCAGCUAAUAUGAUUGCUAAGCAGAUUGCUUUAAGGGGUUUUGAGAAUGAGGUUACCUUAUCCAUUAAGAUGAAGAGUUUGUGUAAGCAGAAUCUAUUGGCUGAGGCGGAGGAGUAUUUACAUGGACUUGUGAGUAGUGGGGUUGUGUUUAAUGAGUAUUCAGUGUGUGUUGUUGUCGAAGCGCUUUGUAGGAAAGACAAAUUUGAGGUGGCAGAAAAGCUAUUAAAGGAAAUUAGGGAAUCGGGUUUAGUGCAGUUGGAUUUUACUUGUGGUGUUUGGGUUGGAAAUCUUGUUAGGGCUGGGAGGUUAGAUGGAGCUUUGGAGUUUCUGAACAGUAUGAAAUCAUUGGGAAGGCUUGUUCCGGAUGUGUUUCAGUAUAAUAUGUUGGUGUCUAGGCUUUUGAGAGAGAACCGUCUAAUGGAGGUUUUUGAUGUGCUCAUGGAGAUGAAGGAGAAUGAGAUUGUUCCAGACAGGGUUACCAUGAAUUAUGCACUCUGCUUCUUUUGCAAAGCUGGGAUGGUAGAAGUUGCACUUGAGUUAUUCAAUUCAAGGCAGGAGUUUGGGCUCUCCCCAAAUGGCAUGGUUUACAACUUUUUGAUAAAUUCUUUGUGUGGGGAUGGAAGUAUCGAUGAAGCUUAUAAUUUGCUGAAGAAUGCCAUUGACCAAGGCUUUUUUCCUGGUGGAAAAACCUUUUAUAUACUUGCUGCUACUUUGUGCAGAGAAGGGAAGCUUGAGAAGAUGACAGAGCUGCUCAUUUUUGCCUUGGACAGAAAGUUUGCACCGAGUGAUUCCACAUAUGAUAUUUUUAUAUCUGCUUUAUGCAGAGCUGGUAGGGUAGAAGAUGGCUAUUUGAUUUAUGGGAAUCUCAAUAGAAUAAAUAAAGUUGCUACUAAGGCUGCUUAUCGUAGUUUGAUAUGUGGUUUUAUCAAGUGCAACAAGGCAGAUGUUGCUGCUACACUUCUAAUUGAAAUGCAGGAAAAGGGUCACAAACCAAGUAAAGCAUUGUUCAGAACUAUCAUUCGUAGUUUCGCUGACGUGAAAAAUCCAGAAAAGCAAUUCUUGCAGCUGCUGGAGAUGGAGCUGUCUCGUCAAGCAUCCAAUCCAAUGAAUUAUGAUAUCUUCAUUGAUGGAGCUGGGCAUGCCAAAUUGCCUGAGAUGGCCAAAGAAGUAUAUGAGAUGAUACAGAGAAGUGGCCUUGAGCCCAGUUCGGGUGAAAACAGUGCAAUGUUGCUGAGCUAUCUAAAGAGUGAAAGAAUUUCAGAUGCUUUAGAUUUCUUCAGUGAUUUGCAUCAGAAAGGAAAGGUCGGGAAAAAAUUGUAUGAAGUUAUGAUUAUUGGUUUCUGCAAACUUGGUAAAAUAGAUAUGGCAUUAGGGUUCUUGGAACAUAUGAAGACUGAUGGAUGGGUUCCAAGCACUGAAUGCUAUGAGAUUCUUAUAAAGCAGCUUUGCUUAAGUAGGAAAUAUGAUAUGGCGGUUCAUGUUAUUACUGGCAUGGAGAAAGUUGGGCGCCAUGUUACAUCCUUUCUUGGUAAUACUCUUUUGAUGCAUGCCUUGAAGACUCAAGAUCUCUAUGAGGCCUGGAUUCGGUCGAUAGAUCUGCAAAAUGAGACAUCAAAGAUUUCAUUGCUUGGCCGGCUCAUUGGAGCAUUUUCAUUUUCUGGCAAUAUUGGAGCAAGUGAAGAUAUUGAAAACUUAGAAGAAGUUAUUCAGCUGUGUUUUAAGCCUGACAUCAUUACUUACAAUAUAUUAUUGAAACAGCUAAUCAAGAGAGAUAUAGAUCAUGCUUGUGAAUUUUUCGAUAAGAUAUGUCGGAAGGGUUAUGAGCCCGACCAAUGGACUUACAAAGUCUUAGUUUAUGGUCUUUACAGAUCUGGGAGGAUUGAUAAGGCUAAGAGAAAGUUGGAGGAGAUGUAUUGGAGAGGUCUUGACAUUGUCUCUAUCCAAGGCCUGACCAAUGGACUUAUAAAGUCUUAGUUUAUGGUCUUUACAGAUCUGGGGGGAUUGAUAAGGCUAAGAGAAAAUUGGAGGAGAUGUAUCGGAGAGGUCUUGACAUUGUCUCUAUCCAAAAAGUUGGAUAGAGACAAUGGGCAUUUAUUUAGCUAAGUUCUGCAUUUUAAACUAGCUAGGUGCAAAAAAUUCACAUCCAGAGAGACAGACAAAAAUUUUUGGGAAAUUCAAAUGCCUUAAAGCUUUGAAAGGGAAGAUAUGGAGUUAAGAUCCAUGCAGUAUGGCUCACACAAACCCCAAGAAAGUAUCUGGACUUUCAGUAGACAUGGAACCUUGAAGAGCCAGAAGAGCCCGAAGAGCCCGAAUAGGUACUGUCUUCAAGCUUCAGUUAUUGCAUUUAAUCUCAUGGAAUUAGAUAUUUUCCUUAUUAGUAUCCUUUCACAAUCUUGUUAUAGAUUAUAUCUAAAGAUCUAUUCCUAGUUUCCAAAGUAUGCCUUUCAUGUAUUGGAAGAGCAAUGAUAUAUCAUAUGGGAUAUAAAAAUAAAGCCUCAAUAGAAAGUUAUUGUCGUUCUUCAGAUUGUGGACCUCUAUUGAGUUCAUAAGUGGCCUUUGGAUCCUGGAUUCCUGGUUCAACUAAUAAUUGAAUCUUUUGAUCCAUCGGAUUGGAUGACUAUGCAAGAUAGAUAAAUAGUGAUUUUCAACCAUUAGUACAACCAAAAGCAACCCUUGUUACCCUCGUUUGAAAGAGAGGAAGAUGGAUUAUUUAACAUUCUUAUUUGUUGUAAUGGGCAACAUUUUUGGACUCGGAUUGGACGUUGAUUGGUCAACCUAUUAUGUCAAGUCAGUCCAAUCAAUUGGUCAUCUCAAUAUGACAUAAUUAAAAUUUCAUAUAA